AUGUCUGUUAUGUCCUAUAACGGAGGGGCCAUCAUGGCCACGAAGGGAAAGAACUGUGUGGCCACCGCCGCAGACAGGCACUUCGGGAUCCAGGCCCAGAUGGUGACCACAGACUUCCAGAUCUUUCCCAUGGGUGACAGGCUCUACAUAGGCUUGGGCGGGCUGGCCACCGAUGUCCAGACAGUUGCCCAGCGCCUCAAGUUCUGGCUGAACCUGUAUGAGCUGAAGGAAGGUCGGCAGAUCAAGCCCUACACCCUCAUGAGCAUGGUGGCCAACCUCCUGUAUGAGAAACGGUUUGGUCCCUACUACACAGAGCCUGUCAUUGCCGGGUUGGACCCGAAGACCUUUAAGCCCUUCAUUUGCUCUCUAGACCUCAUUGGCUGCCCCAUGGUAACUGACUACUUUGUAGUCAGUGGUACCUGCUCCGAACAGAUGUAUGGGAUGUGCGAGUCUCUCUGGGAGCCCAACGUGGAUCCAGAACACCUGUCUGAGACCAUUUCCCAAGCCAUGAUGAACGCCGUGGACCGGGAUGCUGUCUAG